AUGCAUAGGACCUCGCGAAAUGUUGCGUGUCUGUUCAUCUACCCGCCAUUUAUUAAUUUUCUAAAAAUUCGAUCCUUGCCAAUGUUAUUCAAAGAAAGCAUCGAAUCGCUCGAAGAAACUCCGCUCAAGGUUCAAAAGACAAUAACAAACAUAAAACUGCUGAACAGUCAAUCAGAAGAUCACAUCACCACAAUCGAACAGCAAAUAGAAUCGGAUCAGUGUGAUGUACAAAAAAUAGUAUCGGCAUUUCUGCGACUUGAGGAGAACGAAAAAGAAAUGAACGCGCAUCUGCAUUCGCUUUACAAUUUUAUAGAUGGGCAGACGGGGACUGUUGAGUUGGACUGCAACAAUUUUGAUGAGAUGGUGUCAAAAUCAGCAUUGGUCCUUAAGACCAACCAGAUUUCUGCAAGAGAAUUGGGCGAGGCGGGGGCACACGCGAAUAGAGAGAGGGAUAGUGCGCCGUGCUACUGUGGCAAGGAUAUAAAUGCGAAGAUGAUUGCGUGUGAUGAUCCGAACUGUAGAAUUGAAUGGUUCCAUCUUUCUUGUGUUGGGAUGGCGCAGCCACCAGCAGGAAAAUGGUACUGCAGAGAGUGCCGGAAGAGACAGCGUUAAAGGCCUGCCAAUAAAUCGGUAUAAUUGUGAAUGUUGUUUUGUUUAUUUGCCCGUUUUGCACGGUGCCGUCUUCAUUAUAAACCAAGCGGUGAAGAGCUGACCGAGCCAUCCCCGUUUCUGGUGUUGAACAGAGA